CGUCCGCUUUCUGGGGGGGGGGGGUCUCCGCCCCUCGCCCCGCCCCUCUGGGCUCCUUGGCUCCCUCCCUCCCUCCCCCAUCCUUCCUCCCCCAGGGCGCCCAAGAGGACGGACGCGGCGCCAAAGAAAGAAGAAGGAAAGAAAAGGGAAAGAAGGAAGAAAAGACAGAAAGAGAGGGGCCUCCUUCCUCUCCCUUGGCAGAUUCCCUUCCAGAAUGGCUCCCGGGGGGGUCUGCAUGGCCCGCCCGCUCUGCCUCAUCGAGAACCAUCCAGACGGGCGGCUGGUGCUGCAGGAGGAGGCCCUGGGGGUCCUGCAGCGCGUCCGGCAGCCGGUGGUGGUGGUGGCCAUCAUGGGGCUCUACCGGACGGGCAAGUCCUACCUGAUGAACCGCCUGGCGGGCGAGCGGAAGGGCUUCUCCCUGGGGUCCACGGUGCAGGGCAACACCAAGGGCAUCUGGAUGUGGUGCCGCCCCCAUCCCUGCCGGAGCGACCAAACCCUGGUGCUGCUGGACACGGAGGGCCUGGGGGACGUGGGGAAGGGCGACACGCAGAACGACGCCUGGAUCUUUGCGCUGGCCAUCCUGCUGAGCAGCACCUUGGUCUACAACAGCAUGGGCACCAUUGACCAGAACGCCCUGGAACAGCUCCACUACGUUUCUGAGCUGACCCAAAGGAUCAGAAUAACCUCUUCCAGGGAUCAAAGCCAAGAGGACGAGGAUUCCUCGGAGUUCGUCCGCUACUUCCCGGCCUUCAUUUGGGCCGUGAGGGACUUCACGCUGGAGCUGGAGAUCGACGGGUGCGCGGUCAGCGAUGACGGCUACCUGGAGAACGCUCUGAAGCUGCAGAAAGGUGACACAGAGCAGAUCAGAAGGUGCAACCUGCCCCGGUUGUGCAUCCGCAAGUUCUUUCCUUCCCGGAAAUGCUUCACUUUCGACCGCCCGACAAACAGGAAAAACUUGCGACGACUGGCGGAGCUGGAGGAGGAAGACUUGGAGGAGGAGUUCCUGAAGCCAGUGGCCCGUUUCUGCGAACACGUCUGGGAGACCGCCAAGCGCAAGACGGUCCCCGGGGGCCAGGCCGUGACCGGAGCCAUGCUGGCAAACCUGGCAAAGGCCUAUGUGGGCGCCAUCAACGGCGGGGAGGUGCCCUGCCUGGAGAACGCGUUCCUGGCGCUGGCCGAGAUUGAGAACGCGGCCGCCGUGCGCGAGGCCCUCUCCCGUUACGAGGAGGAGAUGCAGCGGCGGGUGGCACUGCCCACUGGGUCCGUGGAGGAGCUGCUGCGGACGCACGCCGAGUGCGAGAGGGAGGCCACCGGGGCGUUCAUGGCGCGUGCCUUUGGGGCCAACAUUAAGAAGUUCCAGGACGAACUCACGCAUGAGCUGAAGCUGAAGAAGGAGGAGUUCUGCCAGAGGAACGAGGCCGUGUCCUUCGCCCGCUGCACGGCUGCCCUGGAGAGCCUCUCGCAGGGCCUGGAGAGCGGGGUCCGCGCCGGGCGCUUCUCGGUCCCCGGAGGCUACAGGCAGUUCCUGGAGGAGAGGCGCCAAAUGGAGGAGAGGUAUCGCUUGCUGCCCAACAAGGGGGUCCAGGCAGACAAGGCGCUCGAAGGGUUCCUGAAGUCCAAGGAGACGGAGGCCAAUUCUAUCUUGCUGGCCGACAUGGCCCUGAGCGAGAAGGAGAAGCAGCUGGAAGCCCAGCAAGUGCAGACCGAAGCUGCUCGACGGCAGCAGGAGCUUAUGGAGCAGGACCAGGCCCGGAUGAAGCAGCUGAUGGAGGAUCAGGAGCGCAGCCAUGAGGAGCAGUUCCGGCUGCUGAGGGAGAAGAUGGAGGAAGAGAAGGAGAGGACCAGGGAGGAGACCGAACGCAUUGUGCAGCUUAAGCUCCAGGAACAAAAGAAACUGCUGGAAGAAGGGUUUUAUCAAAAGGCCAAAGAUAUGGAAGAUGAAAUCCGGAAACUGAAGGAAAAUAACAACUCCAUCUUUGAGAUUUGCAUGGCAGCCCUCGAUAAAGCGCUCCCGUACCUGAAUCAGGGGAUGCAGUACUACAUGCUUCAGCACAUGGCAAAAACGGCAAGCGCUUCGGCUGCAGCGAGCGCACCAGCAGAGCCUCCCAAAGGGUCUGUGCCAGCAAAGAAGUAGCCCCGGGAGGGAUUGGGGCCCUCGCUCUCCGCACCGCUUUGCCGGCACACAGAUCGUGUCAGGCUGGCUCUUUAGCAUUCAGUCAGAAAGAAGGCAAGGGGCAGAAUCCUUUUGGCAAUACGGUUUUUAAACAACUGAUUUUAAAGUGGAGCUAAUUGUUUUUAAUUGUUUUUAGUGUUUAUGUAUACUUAUUGUUUAUGUUAUGUUCCGGCAUUGAAUGUUUGCUGUUUAUAUGUAGUGCUCUGCCCCGAGUCCCCUUCGGGGUGAGAAGGGCAGAAUAUAAAUGUUUUAAAUAAAUGAAUGAAUAAAUGAAUGAAUACAA